UGUUCUGUUAUUAUGUCUGCCUAGCACUCUUUUUCUUUAGAAAAAGACCCAGCGCUAAAGGAAAACAUGGGACUUCUGUCAGUUUCUGGUUAUGUAGUGCUGUUUUCCUCCUUGUUCACACAUGGAGCAUUUGAAGAUACGGAUCGGUAUGAAUCAGUCAAAGAUUCUCACUCAGACGCUGCUCUAAAGGUCCAGCCUGACCGCAGACAACACUUCAGGGGGGGAAAUUUCACCCUUCUCUGCUCAGUAAUAGGUGGUAAUUCAACAGGCUGGAUACUGAAUAGGCUUCAAGGAGCUAAAACGAGGUCAGGAUGUUUGCAGUUGAAUGGCACAGAAUUUACAGACAGACCUGAAGAAUGUCAUUUCAUUGACAUUGACUACAAGAAUAGUGGACUGUACUGGUGUGAGAGUCCUGCUGAAAACAAGACAAGCAACACUGUCAACAUCACUGUGAGCUAUGACUCCACAGAAGAUGAAAAGACAUUUACAGGAUCUUUGGUCUGGGUGUCAGGGCUUUGUGUUAUCUUGGUUAUUCUAGUGGUUUUUCCUUUGCUCUGGCUGUUGUUUCCAAGUUUCAGGGAGAAAUUGCAUGUGUGUCCAAAUAGGGCAUUCAGGAGGGAAAGGGUCCAACAGGAAAUGCCUAAAACCAAGCAGGACGUGACUGAAAUCCAGUGGGAUCUUCCCUGGAUGGAAAUGGACAAUUUGCUGGACAAACACCAAAAUCCUGGCAGCUGAACAUUCUACAUUUCAUGUUAUCACAUAAUAUUUCUGAAGACAGAACUGCCACUGUGGUUUAUAGAGUGAGUGAUGGGUAAUAUGACAGAUGAAUAAAGACAGAUGUUUUUUUCAAUUACAAAAUGACAUUGAUUUGUCAUUUCUCUGUGACUCGUUCACAUACACAGUAAAACCUUGUGUGAACUGAAUAAUUUUUCUGCACAGGAUGCCAAGCAAGCUGGUAAUUAAAUUUUUUUUGUUAUUUUGUUGUUUUUAUUAUUUUUAUUAUGGUUAGGCCUAUUGCACAGUGCAGUGUUGACAUAUAAAAUAUUUAUUUCUUUAAAAAGGACAAAUAAAUAAAUAACAGCGAUGUAUCAUGUACAUUCAAAGCUGACUGAAAAUGCUAUUUUUUAUGUUAACAUUGUGACAUUUGAUAAACUGUUUAAUGUCAGUGUUACAGUGCCUUGCGAAAAUGUUCAUACCUCUUCAUUUUUUUCACGUUUUGUUAUGUUGCUGCCUUAUGUUAAACUACUUUAAAUUUCUUUUUUUUCCCACAUCAAUCUACACUCCACACACCAUGAUGACAAAGCAAAAACAGAAUUGUCAAAACUUCAUAAAUUUAUUAAAAAUAAAUAAACUGAAAUAAGUACAUUGCAUCAGAAUUCAUACCCUUAAACCAGUACUUAGGUGAAGCACCUUUAAACCCUCAAGUCCUUUUGGUAUGAUGUGACAAGCUUUGCACAUCAGCAUUUGGCAAUUAUCUGCCAUUCUUGACCUCACCUCUUCACCUCUCAAGCUCUGUCAGGUUGGAUGGGGGCAGACGCACAUUUUCAGGUUUCUCCAGAAAUAUUUGACUUUGUUCAAUCCCAGGCUUUGGCUGGACCACUCAAGGACAUUCACAGGAGAAUCUUGUUUCUCACAAUCUGAGGGUUCUUUAGGUGCUUCUUUGCAAAUUCCAAGUAUUUUUAAUGUGUCUUCACUGAGGAGAGGAUUGAGUUUGGCCACGCCACCAUACAGACUAGAUCGGUGGAGUGUUGCAGUGAUGUUUGUCCUUCUGUAGAUUUCUCCUAUCUCCUCAUAUGAUCAUAGAGCUCAACCAGAGUUGCCAUCAGGUUCUUGGUCACCAGUCUAACCAAAGACCUUCUCCAUCGAUUGCUCAGUUUGGCCAGGAGGCUUGCUCUAGGAAGAGUCCUGGUUGUUUCAAACUUCUUCCACUAAGAGUAAUGGAGACUACAUGCUUCUGCGAACCUUCAAUGCAGCAGAAUCUUUUUUCUGAACUCUUCCCCAGAUGUGUGGCUUGAUGCAGUCCUGUUUCCGAGUUCUAGGCAGUUCUUUUGACCUUAGGGCUUGGUUUUUGCUCUGAUAUGCAUUUUCAGCUGUUA